UCACUUGCCGAGGGAGUGAAGAGAGACGGAGAGAGACACACGGAGAGAGAGAGAGAGACGGAGAGAGACACACGGAGCGAGCGAGAGCGAAAGAGACUGUUUGGCUUAGGUCGGGAUAUGCGCCGCGUGCGCGCGAUUCUAUGCGCCCUCGUCUCGUCCCAUCAGCGAUGUGGACCAACGUCAAUCAAAACGUCCAGGGCAUAGGCGCUCAACAGCAGCAGCAGCAACAGCAGCAACAGCAGCAGCAGCUGCAGUGUCAACCGAGACCAUCUCUGCAGACCAAGAGACACGCGCUCACCGAUGACUAUCAGGUCACUGGGCAAGUGCUGGGACUCGGAGUGAACGGGAAGGUGUUGGAGUGCACCAGCAAGGCGACGGGGCACAAAUACGCGGUGAAGAUGGUGGGCGACUCGUCGAAGGCGCGCCGCGAGGUGGAGCUGCACGCCCGCGCCUCGGGCUGCCCGCACAUCGUGCGCCUCGUGGACGUCUACGAGAACACGAGUCAGGGCAAGGCGUGCCUGCUCAUCGUCAUGGAAUGCAUGGAGGGAGGAGAGUUGUUCAGCCGGAUACAAGAUCGUGGCGACCAGGCGUUCACGGAACGAGAGGCCUCGGAGACGAUGAGGGACAUUGGGCAGGCCAUCCUCUCGCUGCACUCCAUGAACAUCGCUCACCGCGACGUCAAGCCCGAGAACUUGCUGUACACAACGCGCCAGUCGGACGCCGUCCUGAAGCUCACCGACUUCGGCUUCGCCAAGGAGACGACACCCUUCGACUCGCUCAGCACGCCCUGCUACACCCCCUACUACGUGGCGCCCGAGGUGCUGGGGCCUGAGAAGUACGACAAGUCGUGUGACAUGUGGUCCCUCGGGGUCAUCAUGUACAUCCUGCUCUGCGGAUUUCCUCCCUUCUACUCGAACCACGGGCUCGCCAUCUCUCCCGGCAUGAAGAAGCGAAUCCGAAUGGGCCAGUACGAGUUCCCCAACCCCGAGUGGGCCGACGUCUCCGAGGAGGCCAAACAGCUGAUCCGCCAGCUGCUGAAGACCGAUCCCACGCAGCGAAUGACCAUCGCCGAGUUCAUGAACCACCCCUGGAUCAACCGCUGGAUGGAGGUGCCGCCCACCCCGCUGCACACGAGCCGCGUGCUGCAGGAGGAGCGGGAGAUGUGGGACGAGGUGAAGGACGAGAUGACGAGCGCGCUGGCGACGAUGCGUGUCGACUACGAGCAGGUGCGCAUCAAGCAGCUCGACGAGUCCAGCAACCCGCUGCUCAACAAGCGGCGGCGGCGGCGGCGCCGGCACCGCCGCGGGGCGGGCGGCAGUCCCCACGUCGACGACGACGACGACGACGAGGAGGAGGAGGAGGAAGAGGAGGAGGCGGGGGGCGGCCGCGGGGAGGAGGAGGUCAUCGCCGAGGAGGAGGCGACGCCGCAGGACAUGUCCGUGAGCCUCUCCGAGGAGAUGCUGGACGCCAGCGAGGGCCCCAACAACAACGCGGACGCUGUCCCCGCGGCGUCCAGUGGCGGGGCCGCGUCUCUCCAGCCCUAACGACGGCCAUCCCCCCCCCCUCCUCUCUCUAUCUCCCUCCCUCCCUCUCUCUCUCUCUUGCUCUCUCUUAUUCACUCGCUCGCCCUCUCCCUACCCGGCCCCUGCCGUUCCCUGUCGUCUCGCUGAGCUCUGGCGGUCGGUGUUUGGCGUCGCCGAGCUGCGUCGCCAUCACCGGCAUCGCGCCGGCACCGGUCGGGGGUUAGACGCCGCCGAACGAGCACCCGAGGGGCCCCGCAGCCCGGAGAUGGGACCUCUUCGCUCGAGACUCUCCGGGUCGUUGGGUAGCCAACGGUCACACAGCGACAGGCGUACUGGAUGCGGCGUGCCGGGCGGGGGAAAUAUUCUCUGGGAUGGGUCGCUGGCCCGGACAGACCCCAGAUCCCGCCCCCCCACCCCCGCCUUACUGGCGUGAAUCUCUGCCCAUGCCCCUUCGUCCACAAGCAGCGUAGCAGACCACCCGACUCCAUCCUCGGCGCAGAAUCCACGGCAGGCGACCGCCUGACGACGAAUCGACGCGGCGCGAGCCGUCGCAGCCCGGGACUGCGACGAGACCACCAGCCUCCUCACCGACGAAUCGAUCUCUGAGAUCGCCCCGACUGUGGACGCGAUGGUGGAACAACACGGGGGAACUCCUGACGAGGCACGUGUGGCGGAACGUCUAACAACGAGGACAAGCACGGCACGACUCGACAACGGCGGAGAGGCCGCAUGGCACGACCACGAGAAGCGACGUGGCGGUUCUGAGAUAGCGGGGGGGGGGGGGGGGGUGAGGGGG